AUGAGUGAACGCACCAUCCAUGUGUUCCGUAAGGGCCUGCGUCUCUGUGACAACCCCAUCCAGCAGGGGGUGCUGGCGUCCUCCUCCGCACUCUUCCCCGUGUACGUGCUGGACCGCUAGUUCAUGCAGCGCUCGAUGCGUGUUGGCGCGCUACGCUGGCGAUUCAUCCUGCAGAGUUUAGAAGAUCUGGACAGCCUUCUGCGGAUGCUGGGCUAGCGGCUAUACGUCCUGCGCGGGUCUAUGCUGGCGGUCCUGCGCGAACUCGUUACCCGGUGGGGCGUUACGCAGAUUAGCUACGACACUGAAGUAGAGCCGCAUAACACACGCAUGGACUGCGAGAUACAAACACUGGCUCAGGAACAUGAACUGAAAACAUACACUUGUGUGUCGCACACGCUAUACAAUGCCAAUAGGAAAUACCUGCUGGUGUUCAAGAAUUUCACCUCUCAGUAUAUUUACGAGCCGUGGAAAGCGCCAGAAGACGUGCAGCUAAGUGCCGGUUGCAUCAUCGGUACCUAACAUUUAAAUGACCAAUACCUGUUUUUUGUUCUUGUAAUAAUGUACUGCUCUGUGCGUGUAAGUAAAGAUUAUCCUCGUACGAUGGUUCAGAGGAAUUUGGCACUGUUGCGACAGGUUUGCUCGGAACAAGAGAACACGGCACAAAUCACACGAUAAAAACACACGCUGUAUGUCUGAUUAGAUGUGUCCAAUGUCCCAAUGGAGGUGGGGCUUAAACUUGAGCUGCAGGAAGAGGAGGAGCUUCUGGAGGGGGCGGAGCCACACAGCAUGUCCAAACGUUUCAGCGCCAGUGCGGAUCAUCAGUCCCGCGACCCCGUGCAGAUAUUGAAACCUCACUUACUGAAACAUUAUUGCUAG